ACGUUUGCAAUAACGUCAGGGCGGUAGUGUAGGUCCGGUCUUGCAAAGUUUUAAAUAAAUAGCCAUUUUUGUCAUAAAAUAUGGCUAUGAACACCGCUCCCGAUGUUACCUUGUGGGUAAAAGCCGAACCUUUCACCUACGCUUCUAUUCCUGUUGCUCCUCAUCCACGAUUAAGCUCAUCGAACAUCAAGAGAAUAUUGACGUAUGCUAAAACUAAAGGACCGGAAGGAUUUCCCAGUUUAUCGUACACAGUUUGGCGACAUAUAGCAGUAAAUAAAAUGCAGUUGACAGAGGAUUUGGCUUGGAUGUAUUUUAAAAUAUAUGAUUUAUUUAUGCAAAGGACUUCGGAGGAAAAAUUAAGUAUAGAUAAACUAUUGACUAACUGUAGAGCUGUCUCUGAGAGAACUAGCCAAAAAGAGAUGUUUUUCGUUCAUACUUAUACAUUUGUCUUGUUUCUUUACAUUCAACAAAUGCAUAAAAUAUCGUUACGAAAUUCGUUUAAUGCUAGUACGGAGGCAUGGCCAACUCGACCACGAUCCCCACCUGACUCAACAAGAAGUUCGUCACAAUCUUCAAAAGCUUUAGAUGAACAAUCACAUUUUCUCUUUGUUCAACAACAUUUGAAUGAUAUACUAGAAUUACUAGUCGAACCUGAUAGCGUUGGAGCAAAUAUUAAUGAUAAAAGACUUAGCGUAGAAGCGGUAAAAUCCCUCUCCUAUAUUUUUAUGGGAUCUUUAAAAAGGGAUAACAUAUCGUCUCCGUUUCAUACUAUUGCUCUGUAUCCCCAAAUACAAGGGAUUAGCGGUUAUUCAAAAUUAACUCAGUCUUUCUCUUUACGAAAUUUACAAUUUUGGAUAUCAAAAUCUCUAGCUAUUGGACCAUAUUCCAUUAGUUCAUUGUUAAACAAUGGACGUUUACUCAAUUGGAUAAUACCAAAGCAGACUGAAAAAAAUGAUAAACUUAAAGGUCGCAUAAUGACAAAUGCCAAUAUUGUGCCAGAUAAUCAAAUGGAAGGAAACAAAGCGAUUCUGAUUACUCACGUCAAUGGAAAAACAAUAGCAAGGUCUAGCACAACUUUAGAACAUUCAACUGUAAAAAUUCAUAGAUGUAAUCAAUCUCAGUUUUAUUUAUUGAGCCCCUUGAGAUCAUCAACUAUUGUAAAAUGUCGAAAUUCAACCAUUGUUUUGGGAGUGGUAGAUACAGUAGUUCAUGUUGAUAAAUGCGAAAGAAUAAAACUGAUAGUAGCCUGUCGCAACAUUAUGGUGUCUUCAUCCUCAAACUGUACUAUUCAUCUAAUGACAACUACAAGACCGUUAAUUCUAAGCUCAAAUGAGAACAUCUGCUUGGCACCUUAUCAUACUUAUUAUGCCACACUAGAACGUCAUUUGCUUCAAACAGGACUCCACCCCAACCAAAAAAUGUGGAAUCAGCCGCUAUGUGUUGGUCCUGAUCAUGAUCCCGAAAGACAACCUGUUUGGAAUGUUUUAAUUCCCAGAGAUUUAAACCAUUUCAAAAUUCCUUUUAUCUUUGAAAAUGUGCAAGAGCCAAUCACUAGUGCAUUGCCGUGUCCCCUUCCAACAGAAUACGCAAAAGCUUAUGAAGAAAUGCAAUCAUCGAUCACAUCAUGGAAGCGAAAAGUGAGAGAUAUGGGAUUGGAAAAUGCCGAGAGAAGGGAAUACCAAGAUUUUGUACAGCAAAGUUUUCAAUUAUGGCUCAGUGAAAGAGGUUUACAAACACAAUUAGAUCAAUUAUCUGUUAAUGAAUAA